AUGAUGAAGCUUUUGGAUCUGUUCAUAACCUCAUCGAAACCAGUUGUGGAGAUUCUGUUGAUAACAACAGUUGGAUUUUAUAUGGCUCUAGAUGGAGUCGAUCUUCUUGGUCAUGACGCUCGCAAAUAUUUGAACAACAUUGUCUUCUAUGUGUUUAGUCCAUCGCUUAUUGGAAGCCGUUUAGCUGAUAGUGUUACAUAUGAAAGCUUGGUGAAAAUGUGGUUCAUGCCGGUGAAUGUUCUGCUCACAUUCAUCAUUGGUUCGUUAUUAGGCUGGCUUGUUAUCGUCAUCACUAAGCCUCCUUCGCAUCUUCGUGGUCUCAUUCUUGGUUGUUGUGCUGCUGGGAAUUUGGGGAAUAUGCCACUAAUCAUAAUCCCAGCCAUUUGUAAAGAGAAGGACGGUCCAUUUGGAGAUCCUGAGAGUUGCCAUAAAUAUGGAAUGGGUUAUGUUGCACUUUCCAUGGCUAUGGGAUCAGUUUACAUAUGGACUUACGUAUACAACCUUAUGCGUGUGCUAUCAACAUCUCCUAUUGAAACCCAACUCUCUAUUGAAUCCAACUACGACAGUUGCAAAGUCCCACUGAUUUCCUCAAAAGAAGAAGACAGCCUUAAGGCUGGGAAGUGGGACAUAGUAAAGCGAAGAGUGGGUUCAUUGUCGGAAAAAGUCAACUUGAAGACAAUAUUUGCUCCAUCUACUAUUGCUGCGAUAAUCGCGCUUGUGAUCGGACUCAUUACUCCUUUAAGGAACCUAAUAAUCGGCAACGUAGCUCCUCUCCGGGUGCUUCAAGACUCAGUUUCUCUAGUGGGAGAUGGGGCCAUUCCUGCAAUGACCUUGAUUAUUGGAGGAAACCUACUCAAAGGUAUGAAGAGUUCAGGGAUGAAAAAAUCCACCAUUAUCGGCGUCUUGGUCGCACGGUACGUGUUCCUGCCUAUAAGCGGUGUGUUGAUCGUAAGAGGAGCGUAUCAGCUGGAUUUGAUUACCUCAGAGCCAUUGUACCAAUUCGUUCUUCUUCUUCAGUAUGCUGUCCCUCCAGCCAUGAAUCUAGGUACAAUCACUCAGUUGUUCGGAGCUGGGGAAAGUGAAUGCUCAGUGAUUCUGCUAUGGACAUACUCUUUGGCUUCCAUCUCACUCACUGUUUGGCCCACGUUCUUCAUGUGGCUUGUUGCUUAA